AUGAGUGUUCGGGAGUACAGUGUGCACAUUGAUUCGUUUGCUAGAUAUGCUCCAGCUGUAGUGGCUGAGAUGGAGGCUCGAGUUCACCGUUUUGUGGUUGGUUUAGGGCCACAUUUAAUAGACGAGUGCAUGAUAGCUGCGUUGGAGCCAGAUAUGGAUAUUUCUUGCAUACAGGAAUAUGCACAGAAUCUGGAGGAUCAUAAGCGUCAACGGAGGAUAGAGCGCGAGCGUGACUGGGGCCAUGGUAAGAGAGCUAGACCUUUAGAUGUUGUUGGUGAGUUUAAAGGAAGACAGCAGUCAGGGCAGAUGAGUCCACCUUUGCCACGGUGUAUCCAAUGUGGUAGACUACAUGCCGGACGGUGCCAAUUGGGAUCAGAUGCUUGUUAUGCUUGUGGCCAGCCAGGUCAUGUGCUGAGGGAGCAUCCAUCGAGGGGUAGUGUAGGUAUUAUUCAACCGACAGGGUUCGUAGCUAGUUCUUCUCCAUCUGUGCGCCCUUCAGGUCAAGGUUCUCAGACGCCAGCAGGACGUGGUAAAGGAAGAGGUGGAGCAUCUAGUUCGAGUGGUUCUCAGAACCGCAUCUAUGCAUUAGCUGAUAAACAGGAUCAUGAGUCAUUUCCUGAUGUUGUUACAGAACGAAGGUGGUCCGAUUCCAGUUUCCAGACGAGCUAG